AUGUCCGAUCUCGAACUGUCAUACGUCGGUGCUCCUCCCCCAUCUCUUCCUCCUGCCAAUAUCUUCGACUUCAUCUUCUCAAAUCCUCUUCGAAAGGAUGGUCCAGUCUCCAAACAUGCUCCGGAUGCCCAAUGUCGAAACCAUGUCAUUUCUAACAUAGCUCCCCACAAACCUCUGCUGGUGGACCCCCUCACAGCCGCCCAAGUCAGUUGGGAUCGGGUACGAAUCGAUUCAUUGCGCAUCGCAGCUGGACUGCAUGCCCUCGGUCUGAUUUCUGCUCCUACUGUAUCUCCAGCGCCCACUGGUCACACUCCCAUCAUCUCUCCUGUGGUCUUGCUACAUUUGCCCAACUCUUUGGCCUUCGCUCCUCUUCUCUUUGGUGUCCUUGCCUCAGGCUUGACCGUCACUAUGGCCAAUCCUGGUCUUACAUCAGGCGAACUAGCCUGGAUUCUGAAGUCAUCUGAGCCACAAGUCGUUGUGACCACUCCGGAAGGCUUACAAGUCCUCAAUGCCGCCAUCAAGGAAAGUGAUAGCCCGAAGGUCAAGGCAAACCUGAUAAACACACAUCGUGUGUAUAUCGUAGAUCCUGCUCAUGAUGAGUACGGUCUGCCAUCCUCGUACUCGAAAGGCACGAAGCUAGAUCAACAUUCUCAGGAUUGGAAAGCGCUGCUGGCCUCUACGCCACUAAAAGCCCCUGUCAAGUUCAAGUCAGACGAGUACAAGUCACGAACAGCAGUCAUCCUCUGGUCAUCCGGAACUUCUGGAAAAUCAAAGGGUGUCGUUUUGUCUCACCAAGCUCUAGUCAGCAAUAUGCACUCGCUCUGGCACAUUAACCAAGCGUUCGACGACAACCAGCGCUGGCUAGGCUUUGCUCCGUUCUAUCACAUCUUCGCAUUGUGUAACGUCUUGCUUCUUGCAGUCACCUCAGGAGCUACCAUCUUUGUCAUGCCGAAAUUCGAUCCUAAACUCAUGCUUAGCCAUGUACAACGGUUCCGCAUUACCUUCUUACAUAUGGCACCUCCGGUCGCCGUACUACUUGCUAAAUCACCGAUGCUGGAUUCAUACGACAUGACUAGUAUCCAGGGUGCCGUUAGCGGAGGUGCUCCGCUACCCUCUGAGAUCGUUGAACAGGUAUACCGUAGGCUGGGCAUACUGAUAAAGCUGGGCUAUGGUCUUUCGGAAGCUGGUUCUGUUUGCAAUCAAGUAGGCGAGACUUGGGAUGUCAUUCAACCACAACUUGGCAACACUGGCGUGCCAUGCUUCGGUAUCGAACUGAAGAUUGUGUCUGUAGAUGAUUCUUCCAAGGUCGUGACUAAGGGCCUUGAAGGCGAGAUCUUGAUUAGAUCUCCUACAAACAUGACGUGCUACCUCAACAACAAGGCCGCAACCGACGAAGCCCUAGACAGUGAAGGCUGGUUCUAUACUGGUGACGUAGGCAAGAUCGAUUCCAAAGGCCACCUCUGGAUCACCGACCGCCUCAAAGAUGUCAUGAAAGUCAAAGGCUUCCAAGUCUCACCAUCUGAGCUGGAGAAUAUCCUCUGUGGCAGCGAAUCCGUAGCCGAUGCAGCUGUAUGCGGUCUCUUCGAUGCUGGACUUGCGACUGAAUUACCCAGAGCUUACAUUGUGCCUUCGUCUAAGCACCUGCUGGCACAAUGUACGCCUAACGGCCCUGUCACUCCGGAUCUGCAGGCUCUAGCACAGGAGGUCAAGCAGUUGAUGGAGAGUAAGACCGUGAGAUACAAGUGGUUGACCGGCAACGUGGUGUUUGUACCUGCGGUACCGAAGUCGCCUAGUGGCAAGAUCUUGAGACGGAUGCUUGUAGAUGUCAAGGGUGUUGAGGUGAAGUUGUAUUUAAGCAGAGCAGAAAAGGCUAAACUCUAA